AAAGGGGAGAUAUGGAGGCAAUGGAUUCAGUUUUCUAUCCGCUAAGAGAGUUCGCUAAGGAUAGCGUUCGUCUUGGCAAGAAAUGCCACAAGCCUGAUCAGAAAGAGUUUACGAAGGUGGCGUUUCGUACAAUGAUCAGAUUUGUAGGGUUUUUUGUUAAGAUCAUCUUUAUCCCCAUUAACAACAUUAUUGUUGGAUCUGGUUAGGUGCGGUUCGAUUCCUAUCAUUUCUAUUUUGUUUUUCAUGUUACUUUGCUGGUUUAUUGUAUUAUUAUAUGUUAUUGAUUUGGUAUUGUUCUUAAUUUAU